GUCCAGGCGUGUGCAGGGGAGCGCCUCGCCAGAGGUCCGCCGGGCUGGAGACCCACGCCGCGGAGAGGAGCAGCCUCAGGUAGCCCGCCUGGGCCCGCGCCCCGACCUCGCUGCCCUCUCCUCGCGUCUCUGCCCGUGGCGUGGCCCGCCGCCUUGGCCUCAGGGGCAGGGCAUGGGCUGCCCCCGCCAGAUCGCCCCGCGCCUGCACCAACUACCCUCGCUCUGGCCUUCAAGCCCGAAGCCUCUUCUGUGUGCACAACCUCAGCGGUAAUCCUCAAACCAGCCGGCACCCCAGACCAGCUGCAGCCACCCCAAACAACCUCGGGAUCACUUCUGGACCCCUCGACCGCCCGGCACCAGCGCGCACCGGACCCUUCAGCCGGCGACCGGGGCCCAGUCCCGGUCCCGAGGCCACCGCCGCUGCCUGCCUCGAGCUGCACCACGCGGGCUGAGCCGUCGGCGGGCGGGUCACUCCCGAGCCUUCGUCUGCACCGCGCCAGCCCCAGACGGCGGACGCCGAGCCUCCAGCGCACGCCGGCCUGGGCCGCUGUGCUCUCGGGGCCAGCCCGCAAGGACGCCCUGAGUCUCCGCAGAGGGGCCGAGCGUUUGUUCCGGGGACCCCAGGUCCGCCCCCGUCCCCCGAGAGCGGCGGGGACCCAGAGCCCGGGGGCGCGGGACGCCCGUGUCAUGACGGCCGAGAGCGGGCCGCCGCCGCCGCAGCCGGAGGUGCUGGCUGCAGUCAAGGAGGAGCGCGGCGAGACGGCGGCAGGGGCCGGGGUCCCGGGGGAGGCCGCGGGCCGCGGGGCGGGCGGGCGCCGCCGCAAGCGCCCCCUGCAGCGCGGGAAGCCGCCCUACAGCUACAUCGCGCUCAUCGCCAUGGCCAUCGCGCACGCGCCCGAGCGCCGCCUCACGCUGGGCGGCAUCUACAAGUUCAUCACAGAGCGCUUCCCCUUCUACCGCGACAACCCCAAAAAGUGGCAGAACAGCAUCCGCCACAACCUCACGCUCAACGACUGCUUCCUCAAGAUCCCCCGCGAGGCCGGCCGCCCGGGGAAGGGCAACUACUGGGCGCUCGACCCCAACGCCGAGGACAUGUUCGAGAGCGGCAGCUUCCUGCGCCGCCGCAAGCGCUUCAAGCGCUCGGACCUCUCCACCUACCCGGCCUAUAUGCACGACGCGGCGGCCGCUGCAGCCGCAGCCGCCGCAGCCGCUGCCGCCAUCUUCCCGGGCGCGAUGCCCGCCGCGCGCCCGCCCUACCCGGGCGCCGUCUAUGCUGGCUAUGCACCGCCGUCGCUGGCCGCGCCGCCUCCGGUCUACUACCCCGCGGCGUCGCCCGGCCCUUGCCGCGUCUUCGGCCUGGUUCCUGAGCGGCCGCUCAGCCCAGAGCUGGGUCCCGCGCCGUCGGGGCCCCGCGGCUCUUGCGCCUUUGCCUCAGCUGGCGUUCCCGCCACUACCACCGGCUACCAGCCCGCCGGCUGCACCGGAGCCCGACAGGCCAACACCUCGGCCUAUGCUGCCGCCUUCGCGGGCCCCGACGGCGCGUACGCGCAGGGCGCAGGCAGCGCGAUCUUUGCCGCUGCCGGCCGCCUGGCGGGACCUGCUUCGCCCCCAACGGGCGGCAGCAGUGGCUGCGUGGAAACCGCGGUGGACUUCUACGGGCGCACGUCUCCCGGCCAGUUCGGAGCUCUGGGGCCCUGCUACAACCCUGGUGGGCAGCUCGGAGGAGGCAAUGCAGGCGCCUACCAUGCUCGCCACGCAGCCGCCUAUUCCGGCGGGAUAGAUCGGUUCGUGUCCGCCAUGUGAGCUGAGCGUAUGAACAAAAACUCAUAGAUAUCUCGGCUGUUCACACGAACUACGUUUCCCGCAACCUGAGAACAGGACCGGAGAGAGGACUCAAUUGGGAACCACAUAGAAGGGAUCGAGAGGGCCACAGAGGCUCAGUCUCCCCGCGCACAGCGAAUGCACCCUAUUUACUUUGUAAAUGGGAGGAGGUGGGUCGAGGCAGCCAGAACCCUUGGACGGGCACAGCGACCCUUGAUGGGGCGAAGGCCCCAAAGGAGAUGCUUUCUGGCAUUCCUCGGGGAGAGUCCUUGGCGGUAAUCAGAGGGCAGCGUAGUGUCAACACCAGAGACCAGAAUCUAAAUUGUGGGGAAUCACUUAACUUCAGCCUUCCAUGUGCUGCUGGAAACUCGGCCGCUUUUACGCGGUUCGGCCUCUAGCGCCUUUAACUGCGUUACUACAAUAAAAGGCUCCGCCGCAGCGCCUUUCUUCUGAAAGUGAGGACAAAUUUGCAAAACAAAUAGCCUUUCCUUCUUUUUUAAAUGGCAGAAAUCUCUUCCCUGGUUGACUUGGGCUGGUUUUCCCUGCCUCUGAGAACUUGAGACCUAGCUCCGAGUUGUACUGUGCCUCGGCGCCCCAGUCCCAACACCUGAACCUUCAGUCUCUCCCAUCUGUUACUCGAGAGGGCUGCAGGACUCUACCCACUGCCCCCGGGUUGUCAUUCAGGGCCCCAUCAUCUUGGAUGCUGCCCUGCAUAUUUGGCAGCAAUGAUGGGCCACUCGGCCUCUGAGUAGCCACCCAAAGCCUCGCCGCUGUUCUAGGGAAUGGAAAAGAAGCUCAUGGCCAAGCGUCUAACCUAAAAUCCCAGGACUGGCUCCAGGCAGCAAUUAUAUCAGAACCUACUGAUCUUUUGAGCAGGAUGUACUGGUCAUUCGGUAGCUGUUACUGCCGAGUCAUAAAUCUGGUUUUCCAUUAUAAGGCAGAUAGAAAUACAUUCGUUCAUUUGUUCAGUUUCUUGUCAUCAAGGAGCUCUGACCCAAUGGGUGAACUAAAGUUUAAGGAGAUGAGAGGAUUCAGGGAGCCCGUUGGUGACACUUUUCAGUAGUUGGGGAGGGCCUUUCCAUCCCCAGCAACCCCUGCUACACCUCAGCAGCCUCCCCAUGCAACAAGAGAAAAAUAAAUUGGGGCAGUCCGUAAAGUGAGCUUUAGAAAGAAACUGGAAUUUUAACUUCGUUUUGGAUCUUGCUUAAGUAGCAGCUCACUAAAAUCAGAGAAAGUCCAAUAUCUCUCCCACCUUUCCCCUGAGAAAUCUUGUAAGUUUCAAUUCUAAAGCAAACAUUUUCAACAUUAAAUAUUUCAGAGGUUCCAUUCACAGCUUUUAGAUAAACUGCAGUGUUCAGAUGGACUGUUUUAAUAAAAAUCUUUGAGCAAGUGAGUUCUGGCAAGAGAAACGCAGCCUCUUUCUGUAUGAACUUGACAGGGAAAGGUUGGGAGUGUGAAAAAGAAGAUUGUGUGAAAAACAUUGGUAAUUUUUAUUUUUUACUUUGGGGACUGCACUAUCCUGUUCACGAAGACAUGAGAACUUGGUUCAGUCCAAAUGGGGAUUUGUGUAAAUCAGUGCUCUCCAUUGGAAAUAGGGUGAAAGCCACAUGUGUAAUUUUAAUUUUUCUAGUAGCCACAUUAGUAGAGU